AUGUAUAAAAAAAUUACCUUGAUUCUUUGGUUAUUAGCGGCCGUAAUUCCUUUUGUAACUCUCGCUCAGAAAACUUGUGAAGAAACCUUUCAAGCGACCGAUGUCACCCCAUCAUCUCAAUGUCCAACAAAUAUUCAUUUCGGCAAUGUUAUCUUUGAAGAGUACGGAAAAGCUGGUUAUGAAGUGUCCACGUAUAAUAUUUCCACCUACGAUCUCGAACCUUUUAAGUCAGCAGUGGAUAAGUAUUGCGUACUAGAGUAUACAUGUGAUCCAUCAGAAGUUGAACAAACCUUGAAAAAGCUCAAGACAGAUUGUUCCACUGAAUUGUCGGCUCCUUUGGAUUUAAGCGCUGAUCCCAGAACGUUUGAUGUCAAUUCGUUGAUGGCUUACGGUACAUUUCUCGCUUAUUAUGAUGAAUCUUGCUUUAUCGAAUUGUUCAAUAAUGUGGUUGAAUUCGCCAAGAAAGAAAGUAAUGGGGAUAUAAACGUUGCCAUAUCUCUUGAUUGGAAGACCUUAUUCCUACCCGAUGAAUCCACCAAAGAAUUUCUAAAGGAUUUGAAUUGCGGUGAAUGUUGGACUAAAAUUGCAAACAUUUACUUGACCUAUAUCGAAGCUUAUCCAAUGGAUGAGCAACUUGAAACCAAUAUUUUCGGCGGUCCUGGUCAAAUGAAAGAAAAACUUUCAGCUGCAUACGAGGAUAGCACCGAGGAUGAGGGAGUUGAUGUUGUUGAAAUGAGAGUUGAGAAGAGAGAUUCUGGAUGUUCAGCCAGGAAAAAUGGUC